ACAAGAAAUCUAGUGUUCAACUUUUAAGUUGUCUCCGUGAUCUUUGCUGUUUUAACCAUGUUCAGUGUCGUACAAUUUGUUGAAAACAACAAAUUCAAGGUACUGGCGGUCCCAUCAUCAUGGGUGAAGCAAAACAAAUUGCUCUGGCCGAAACAUUUGUCUUGUGAAAAGAUAGAGCAGAUGCGUGAAAGUGGAACCGAGUACCAUGGAUCGACAAAACGCAUUCCAGCUAUUUUGUUCAAAAAGUUUCGCAGUUUUGCUGCAGCGGAAGCAGCUGUAACGACGAUGGAGAACAAAGAGGUUUCGGACAUAGAGGGAAAGAAAAAGCUUCUCAAAUCUGCUGCUAAGCGACAAAAAGUGCAUCCUCAGACCAAUUACGAUGCUAUGUGUCAAGUUCUGACCCAGCAAGCUUCGUCAUCAGCAUCAUCCUAUCCGGCUCCUCCAAAGACCCAGCCAGCUUCCUCAUCUACAUCAGCGUCUUAUCCGGCUCAUCCAAAGACCCAGCAAGCAUCGUCAUCCCAGCCAUCUCAACCGGCUCCUCCAAACUUCCAAAAUACACAGCAAGUAGUGACAGGUUUUGCAUCACAUCAAUCCCAGAUGAAUGCUCCGAAAGGCCCUAAGAUGGAAAUUCCUACUGUACCUGAAGAUUUUUUGUACUCCACUGAGCUGGUCCAGUAUCCUGACGCAGUUGGUAAUCUUUCGCUACAUUCCAGUAACAACGUAUACUACAUUGAAACACCUCCCAUUGCGAAUGAAGAAAUUAUCGAGACAGCUAACAUCACAGAUAAUUCUAAUGUUCAUACUCAAGCAUCGUUGAAUGAGGAAUUAAAGCGGUUUAUUGCGACAACCGUGAAGGGAACGGUUUCUGAAUCCAUUCACAAAGCUGUUCAGACUACUAUUCCAGCAAUUGUUCAGGCUACUGUGGAUCGUUGCAUGAAAGAGGGCUUUCAGGAAGGAUUUUCCCGGAUGGCAGUUCUGAUGGAAAUGCAAAAGCCAACGUCAAGUGUCAAUUCCGUCCAGAACAGUGUGCUUGAUUGUGCGGAAAAACAUGUUCUGAUUAAAGAUGAGGAGGACCUCGCCGAGUGGAACAUCAGACUGGCGAAUAGAGAGGUCUUCACAUGUUACGUUGAUUAUUUUGCAAAAAUCGUUAUUCCCAAUGCUUAUUACGGUCGAGGUGACAAUGCAUUCUACGCUUUAGUGGACUGUCUUUUUACACGCGAUUUUUGGAAGCAAUUUACAUGGACGGGAAUAAGUCGCGGUGAUAAAUGCAAGCGAGGAUUUCGCGAAUACGGGAACGUAACACAGUUACUGUUACACAUCAUCCAAGUUGGCGAUCCAACUUACAAUGCUAACAUGAUCGAAGCUUUCUGUAAAACUAAACUCUUCCGACAUUGUAAGCAACGGUCCGAGAGCCGUCUGCUUCGAAAGUCUACGGUUCGUCCGGGACGGAUUCGCAAAGACGUUAACGAGAGUAACGGAAAAGCUCGUGUAGUCAAAGAGCAGACUACCAUGAAAGAAGGAACUGAAGAAGAACAGUCGGAAGAAGAGACGGAGAUAGAGAUUGACGAUGGUGGUAUUCUUGAAGAGGAGAAUUACAAUGAACCACAGAUUGAUAAUGAUUAG